CUUCGCGUUUGGUGCCAACUCACUCACUGAGACCCCCAAGGGCUCAAGAAAGCGCAGGCUGCCAACCGAUCGGGGCCACAUGGAGGCUGCGAACCAGGGAGGAACACAUCUUGGACCAGUUUCAAGGUAUGCCUUGGCCUUCUUCCACGCCGCCAUCCUCGAACGCCGCAAGUUCGGUCCCAUCGGUUGGAACGUGCCCUACGAGUGGAUGGACAGCGACUUCCAGGUUUCGAGGGAACAGGUGCAGAUGUACUUGGAAUCUCAACCAGGAGUUCCUUGGAUCACCCUGAAGUAUAUCAUCGCUGAGGUGAACUACGGCGGCCGCGUCACGGAUGACAAGGAUGUUCGCCUGAUUAGCGCCUUCUUGAAGCGAUACUUCAAUGAGGGUGUCCUGGAAGACGGCUACAAGCUCAGCCCCUUGGAUGCCUACACCUGUCCCGAUGAAGGCUCCCUGGAAGAGGUUCGAGAGCACGUGCGGAAGUUGCCCAUGGACGAAGAUCCUCAGGUCUUUGGCCUACAUCCCAACGCACAGAUCACCGCACAGACCGAGGCAGCGAAACAGUUCUUGGGCAUCAUCCUCUCCGUCCAGCCGCGCAUCGCCAGCGGUGGUGGGAUGAAGCCGGAAGACCUCGUGGCGCAGAUCGCCGAGGGCUUCUUGGGGCGUGUGCCCAAAGUCAUGAACCGAAAAGAGGCCAACCCCGAGACGUACAAGAAGACACCGGAGGGUGGAAUCGUCUCGCUGGGCGUUUUCCAUGGGCAGGAAAUGGAUCGCUUCAAUGUGCUGAUCCAAUGCGUCCAGUCGACGCUCAUGACCUUGGGCAAAGCCAUCAAGGGCUUUGUGGUGAUGUCAGCGCAACUGGAGGACAUGUACAAUGCCUUCCUGUUGCAGAAACUCCCACCGAACUGGGGCGAGGUGGCUUACCCCUGUUUGAAGCCCUUGAACUCCUGGUACACCGACUUCGAGGAGCGCAUCGCGUUCAUGACCCGCUGGCUGCAGAUGGGGCCACCGGCAAGCUUCUGGGUGCCAUGUUUCUACUUCCCACAAGGCUUCAUGACCUGUGCCAAGCAGGUGCAUGCGAGGAAGACAAAAAUCCCCAUCGAUGAUCUGGUCUUUUGGCAAGAGCCCACCACUGGCACCGACCCUUCCAGCGCCAAAGCACCGGAAGAUGGAGUGAACGUUCACGGUUUCUUCCUCCAGGGCGCUGGAUGGGAUGUGAAGAAAGUGAAGAUGGUCGAGUCCGAAAAGGCUGUGCUCUUCAAAGAGCUUCCAGUGACCUGGAUCCAAGUGGUGGAAGAGGAAGUCCAUCAGAAAGUCUCCAAAGAACCGGGAAGGUAUACUUGCCCACUGUACAAGACCUCCUUGCGCAAGGGCACAUUAGCCACCACAGGCCACUCCACCAACUUUGUGUGCUAUUUCCACCUCCCCAGCGACGUGGAGGACCAAGGGCAUUGGGUACGACGCGGAGUUGCUUUGUUGUGUAUGCUAGAUGAAUAGUUGGACAUAGUAGUGGCUGCGUGAAAGCUGCGGUGUUCCUAAAAAGGGAGCGCUGCCUCAAGCGCAGCCGAAGUGGCGCGGGUUUAGCGAUGUGGCCGCACGCGACAUGGCCAAGUGAUUUCAGUGC